CGGCCGCAGUGCAGGUGACUGAGCCGAGCGGAGCCCUGCGGAGAUGGGGUCCACCCCAGCGCGCUCGCCCAUUCAACAGGUCCGAGAGAACACGCGUGGCACACCGGUGGGAGCCUCCUGUCGUGCAUGCCUUCCCAAAGAUUUGGACGACCAGUCCCGAUUUUGAGUAUUGAUGGAGUGGAAAAAAGUGUAGUCGGGAAGGGGCGACUGACUCGAGGUGACGGAUAACUGAGGCGUUGAAUGAGAGCAUUGGAAAUGCUGCUGGAUUGGAGAUGCUUGCGGAACAGAGGGGAAACCCUAGCAAUUCCCUGGUGAACACAAGCCCGUAGUCUCUGAUCUUUCGAAAAAUACAAGGCUGGGUCCCUGCUGGAAGCUGUUCAGCGCUAGGCAAGCGGCGGGACUGCGUUUUCUCCGAUUCCCCGACUUUGCUCAAGUCAAAGAAAGAUUAGGUGGCAUUGCAUUUCCAGGAAGGAGAAGAAAAAGAAGUCUCUCCGCAAACGAAUGCACGCUCUUUCAAAAACGCUUCUUCCCCAAAGCGGAGGAUCCACGCUUAUAAAAUUCCUUUCUCCGGAAAACAAGCACGGUUUAAAGGAAUCUCUUGGGCCAGCAACGCACUUUUGGAAAUGAUCCAUCCGAGGAGCCGUGGGGUGACGUCAUCACGGCGCGACCGGCCGUAAGCCCUGGCUCCACCGGUAAGCUCGCAGUCUCUCACUCCUUCAACUGGCUGUCCUGCCGUGGCCUCUGUCCCGCUUCUGCGGCGAUGGACAACCCUGGGGAGUCGCCCACAGACAAAGGCGGAGAGCCAGCGGAGUCAGAGGACAUGAGGACCACUCCUGGGAUCCCGGUGACCGCCGAUACUGAGGGAAUCCCGGAGGAAACCGACGGGAAUGGAGACGCGGACGUGAAAGAAGCGGCGGCGGAGGAAAGCGAGAUCAAGAGUCAGGAUGUCUCAGAUCUAACAGCAGUCGAGAGAGAAGACCCGUCCUUACUUACUCCUGCAGCCAAAAAGCUGAAACUGGACACCAAGGAGAAGAGAGAGAAGAAGCAGAAGGUGGACGAGGAUGAGAUUCAGAAGAUGCAAAUCCUCGUCUCUUCUUUUUCUGAGGAGCAGCUGAACCGUUAUGAAAUGUAUCGCCGGUCAGCUUUCCCUAAGGCAGCCAUUAAAAGGCUGAUCCAGUCUAUCACGGGGACCUCUGUGUCCCAGAAUGUUGUGAUUGCCAUGUCUGGUAUUUCUAAAGUUUUUGUCGGGGAGGUAGUAGAAGAAGCCCUGGAUGUGUGUGAGAAGUGGGGAGAGAUGCCACCACUGCAGCCCAAGCACAUGCGGGAGGCUGUUCGGAGGUUGAAGUCCAAGGGGCAGAUCCCCAACUCCAAGCACAAGAAAAUCAUCUUCUUCUAGAUCUGCCCGAGCCGUCCAGACUCCACAGCUGUGCUGUGCACUGGUGCUUCCUCGUCGGUGCUGAUGUCAGUGUCUCUGUCCACCUGUAAGGCACCAGUAACAGAGACAAAGACAACCUGCUGGCUUCCCUUCGAAGCCUAACGUUGCUACAACCCAGGUUGUUUCUCGCCUCUGGUUUUCAGAAACUUAACCUCGGGUCAUCUGCCAUAAAGUCACAAGGGUGACAUGCUUCAUGCUGUUAACAUUUCAGACUCUCCUGCGGAGUUACCAUUAAACUUUUCCGACGUGUGGAAAAGUUUAUUUUGUUGAAGGCAAAAUUUAUCAUUCUUCCAUUGUCUAAAUAAAACUAACAAGUCUUGACUUUGGUUUUUGAAGACAGGGUUUCACCAAGGAGCCCUGGCUGGCUCCCAAGUGCUGGGAUUAAAGGCAUGCACCAACACCA